AUGGAAAACGCAAGUCAGUUUUUGUACUUCAACCUGACCAUGUUUGUGAACAUCGGUCCGUACCGCUACCCGGUCUUUGCCUUGUGCCUGCUGCUCUACAGCUUCAUCGUCUGCGCCAACCUGGCCAUCAUCCUGGUGAUCAUCGUGAAGCAGAGCCUCCACGAGCCCAUGUACGUAUUCAUAGCGUGCUUAUCCUUCAACGCUUUGUACGGCUCCACUGGCUUCUUCCCACGACUCCUGCUGGACUUGAUGUCCGACAGCCACUUCAUCUCACGCAAGGCUUGUUUCACCCAGAUCUACUUCAUUUACACGUACGCCGCCAACGAAAUGACCACGCUCGGCAUCAUGGCGUACGACCGCUACGUGGCCGUGUGCCACCCGUUGCACUACCACGCAAAGAUGACCACCGCUAAGGCCAUGGCGUUGGCUGCUCUGGCGUGGCUUUUCCCCGCCUUUGUCCUCACCGUGUGCAUUUGUUUGUCCGCUUCGCUGCCGCUAUGCGGCAACGAGAUCCAAAAAGUGUUUUGCGCCAACUGGAAUGUGGUGAAGUUAUCGUGCGUCCCGACGCUCAUCAACAACAUCGUGGGUAUGUUCCUCACCAUCACCACAGCUUUCGUUCCUCUGGUCUAUGUCCUGUACACGUACACGCGCAUCGUCAGAGCCUGCUGGAGAUGCUCGGAUGAAUUUAAAGGCAAAGCAUUUCAGAGCUGCUUGUCGCACGUUGUUACGUUUGUCAUUUUUUCCAUCACAGCGUUUUGUGACAUCGCCCUGAGCAGAUACAACCUGGAAGAGAUGAACCCGUUUGUGGCCGUCAUUUUAUCCCUGGAAUUUGUGGUUAUUCCGCCUUUCCUUAACCCUCUAGUCUAUGGAAUGAAGCUUCCAGAGGUACGCAGGCACAUUCUGAAGAUGCUGUGAUUCCCAGUGAUUCCCAGUCCAACGCAGGAGGAACGCCAGAGGAGCAGACAGGCUCUUUUUUCACUCUUGUACUCCCCCGAUGGGGGAAUAUAUUUCCUUUCAUUAGGGCUUACUUUCCAACUUGAUUCAUCUGAAGCUUGUUGUUCAAUCCAGUCACAGGCUCGGACCUCGACCGGGGGUGUCCAAACCUUUUUCCACAGAGGGCCGCAUAAGGAAAAAUGAAAGGACGCUAAGAAGUUAUAUAUAUGUAUUUCAAAACCUGCAUCCUAGCUUUGUGAUAUCGAUGAAAAGGCUGCCUUAGUAUCAACUUAGCUCUUUGAUGCUCUUUCCA